CUUCUUUUUCCUCCCGCAGCCUCCGUUCCCCGUUCCGCGCCGCCCUCCCGUUCUCCUCGCUCCGCCCGUUCUGGAUUCAAAUUUCGAAUCCCCCCACCGUUUCCGCCCCCCUGCACCAAAUACCCGACCCGAUUCCUUUUCCUCCCCCCUCCCACCAUGAGCGACGCACCCGGCGCAGCAGCCUCAGCUAUGGGCAGCGGCAGGGAGCUCGCCACCCCGCCGUCGGACGGCAUCUCCAACCUCCGUUUCUCCAACCACAGCGACCACCUCCUCGUUUCCUCCUGGGACAAGACGGUUCGGCUAUACGACGCCGAGGCGAAUCUGCUCAAAGGGGAGUUCGCGCACCCCGGGCCUGUGCUCGACUGCUGCUUCCACGACGACUCCUCGGGGUUCAGUGCUGGCGCCGACCACACCGUGCGGAGAUUAUCAUUUACUUCGUCAAAGGAGGAUGUUCUGGGGCGUCAUGAUGCUCCAGUUCGCUGUGUGGAGUACUCUUAUGCUGCAGGACAAGUCAUAACUGGCAGCUGGGACAAGACAAUUAAAUGCUGGGAUCCCAGAGGAGUUAGCGGACCAGAGCGUACACUUGUUGGGACAUAUGCUCAACCAGAGCGUGUAUAUUCUAUGUCACUGGUAGGAAAUAGGUUGGUUGUUGCAACAGCAGGAAGACAUGUCAGUAUUUAUGAUUUGCGCAAUAUGUCUCAACCUGAGCAAAAAAGGGAAUCGUCUUUGAAAUAUCAAACACGCUGCGUCCGAUGUUUCCCCAACGGAACAGGGUAUGCUCUAAGUUCUGUCGAAGGACGAGUGUCUAUGGAGUUCUUCGACCUGUCUGAGUCUGCACAAUCUAAAAAGUAUGCUUUCAAGUGUCACCGGAAAUCUGAGUCUGGCAGGGACACUGUUUAUCCUGUCAAUGCCAUUGCAUUCCAUCCAAUAUACGGCACAUUUGCCACUGGAGGCCAUGAUGGAUUUGUGAACGUGUGGGAUGGCACAAACAAGAAGAGAUUGUAUCAGUACUCAAAGUACGCGUCAAGCAUUGCUGCUCUGUCGUUCAGCAAGGAUGGGCAUCUGCUUGCUGUGGCAUCAAGCUAUGGUUACGAAGAGGGAGAGAAACCCCACGAGCCUGAUGCAAUAUUUAUCCGUGGGGUGAAUGAAGUGGAGGUUAAGCCGAAGCCCAAGGCAUUGGCCGCACCCCAGUAGUGCUUUAAUCAUUUCGCAAGAAGGUAAUCAAAUGCAUCAGGUGUGUUGUCUGGGACAAGGCAUUAUGCAGAGAGCAAAUGCGAGGCGUUUCUUUAUCUAGUUCUCUUUUUAGUGUCAAUUGCAUUAGUUGACGGAAUCCCUUCUCUAUGUUGGAGUCAAAUGGCAGUAUAUCUGACCAUUUCUCUGUGUUGUUUCGCAUGUAUUAAUGUCUAGAAAGAGUUGCUUGGGAGUGGUCAUAUUCGUUUUGUAUUUUGAUACAGAAACUGUUGCUUUUUUUAUGUAGCUUAUAUAUAAUCAAUUUAGUUUUGCAA